CAGUUCGUUUUGCUGCUCCCUGAUGGGGCGUGGGUCUGGCUGCGAGGCAGGCUUUCGUCGCACAAAUACCAAGAGAGAACUACUGUACUCUACUGAAUAGAGCUAAAUCGUGCAUUUACACUGCACGUUUUAAAAAAUGGGUUUAGAAAAGGAGAAAUCCGAAACGAGAAUUAUAAUGGAUGACGACGAGUUCAAUAAAUCAAUCGAACCGAUUCUUCAGAAAAAGAAAAUCACAGCUGAUCCCGACAGAGACCCUCACGAUAUAAACUCUCAUCUGAAGGUAAAUUUUGAAGAUGUUAUUGCAGAACCAGACACAACUCACAGCUUUGAUAAAGUGUGGAUUUGCAGUAAUGCAGUUUUUGAACUCGCAAAAUUUCUGCUGUACAGACUUCUCACAACGAUCCUUGCAAUUCCCUUUUCAUUUGUGGCUGGAAUUCUGUUUGCAGUACUGAGCUCUAUACAUAUUUGGAUUGUGGUGCCCUGUAUCAAGAGUUGUAUGAUGGCUCUUCCUUCAGUUCAAGCAAUCUGGAGGAGCCUUGUUGACAUGUUUAUUUCACCCUUGUUCAAGAGUAUGGGGAGGUGUUUUUCUUCUGUCGGCUUCCAUGUGAUGAAAGAUUAAACUGCCAGUUGAAAUAAAAGAAAUGUUAUUGUUAGUGACCAAAUGAUUAUUCUUCAUUCCAUUGUUGUAAAGUAAAUACAUUAUUACAGGUAUGGACAUUCUGCUGAUUAGUAGCUUGUGGUACCAGAGUAUAUUAUGUGUGCAAUAAAUGCUGAGCAACCUUUUCCCAUAAUGAAUUUUAUAUACUGAAGAUUGUUAUUUUAUAUUAAAUAUAAAAUAUGAGUGUUUUAUUCCUACAUUUUAUUGACUGUAAAUAAUAAAUACUGACCAAGGUGGACACUGGUUUAUUAUUAUUAUUAUUAUUAUUAUUAUUAUUAUUAUUAUUAUUAUUAUUAUUAUUAUUAUUAUUAUUAAAUUGAAUAUGCUUGGCUUCAUAUUUAACCUUUAAUAGUGUAAAUUUAGAAUUUUCUUAUUCAUUGACCUGGCAAUUUUAGGUAGGCACUUUCUUGUGUCCUCCUUAUAGUAGUGGUUAUUUGUUCUGUUUAUAUAGUUUAUAAUCCUGCUCUGUUAAAUAAUUAUUUUAUAGUCUUAGUCAUGAUCUACCAAAGCAUGCAGCUCAUACUAAGGAAUGGCACAAACCAUCUAAUUCCAACCUAAAACUACAGCUACCUAUACAAUUUUUGUAGAUUCAAUAUAAUAUGUUCAAAAAUGCAUUUUGUUGUUCCUCAAAGAAAACUGUAUCAGUUAAUUUCCAAUGACAUUUUAUACGUUGAUGGUUCAGUUUCGUAUUUAUGCACUAUGUUAUUUGGUCUGCAAGUGUCGUGCUUCAUAACUGCUGUAUUUGUUUCAUUGUUUUUACGAGGUAAGGUACAUGGUAGAAGAUACACUGUUUAUUACAGCAUCAUCUGCAUCACCCAUGAGGCAAAUAAUUAUUUUAUAAUUGCAUUUUAUUAAAAAUAAGUUGUUCUUCAAUAUGGCUUUUGAAAUCCAUUAAUGAAAUGCAUUUCUAUGCAGCAUAAUGUAUGCCUUUAAAUGAUUUACCAGCAGGAUGUAUAUAAUUCAGCACAAUAUGUAUCUUCAAUAAAGAAAAUGUUGUUCACUUGAUUUUCAUGAAUCACAAAUGAAAUAUAUUUUAUAAACACAAUAAACUAUUCAUUUUAUAAUGA